CCGCGGGGCGCUUCCCCCAGGGCGCAGGCGAGGCGGCGGGCGGGGCCCCGAGUCCGGUCCCCCGUAGGGUGGGGGCUCUGCGGGGUCCCCCAGCCUCCCCCCGGCCUCGUGGGCGCCGGGCCGGUGACUUCAGAACAAACAGAACAGAAAAACCCAAAACAGAAUGGUAGCUUCGGGGAGGAAGGGCUGGUUGCCGCACGCGGAGUCGGCGUCACCCCAAGGGCAGCGGCCCCGCCCCCGCGCUCGCCCCGCCCCUCAGGCCCCGCGCUCGCCCCGCCCCGCCCCCGCGCUCGCCCCGCCCCCGCCCUCCCGCCGUCUGAUCCGAGCGGGGCCCCGGGCUCCCAGGGCGGGCGACCAGGCGCGGGUGCGCAGGUGGCCCCUGGGUCGCCCCCCGCCCCCAACAGAUGAGAGCAUCCGCUUCUGCCCUCUGCGCUUCCUCCCCACAUAGAAGGGGCGGCUGCUGCUGGGGCUGCUGCUGCUGCUCUUUCUUCUUCUGUUUUUAGGCAAACUUUGUAGAUGAAACACAACACGCACAAAGAAAACGCACAAACCGCGCGCGUGCAACUCCCCGAAUUCUCCCGGAGUAAAAACACUGUCGCUCCGACAGAUGCAGCUUCCCCCAGAGCAUCUGUUCACUGUCAGGCCAAUUGUUUUUCUUCUCCGACAGUAGCCGCGGGUGGUUUUCCCUACUUCCUGCAGAGGAGUCCCCAGGGGGUGUGAUUGGCUGUGGGGGGGCCGCCCCUGUGUCUCCACGAGAGGCCCUGGCGGUGAUGCCCGCCCUGUGAUGGCCAGCAAGCCUGACCACCAGGCCGGUCUCAGCCUGGCGUUGUCAGGAGGGGCAGGAAGCGCGGCCCUGGGAUGGGGGAUGUGGCGGGCGCUGGCUGGGCGAGGAGGGCUGUGUGGGCCGCUCAGCGGGGGCCGCAGGGGGUGUGGGUUGCUGGGAGAGGCCUCUGCCUUCCCACCCACCCGGGCUCCCCGCAGGGAAGGAAAGCAGCCCACCAGAUCUCGCAGGCCCUGGGUGUUUGUGCCCCGUAAGGCCUCUCCGGAAAGACGUCCUGCUCUCCCAACACAUAGGUCCCCCGGGGCCUGUGCUCCUUCCAGGCCUGCGUCCCUCUCCCGGGUGUGGGCUCCAGCUCGGGGGUCUCACCCCACAGUGGCUGCUCUGUGCUUUGUGGGGACCCUCAGCAUCUGAGAAAGAGCAAGCUCCAAGGUGAAGCCCUCAGGGCUCCGCGGGGGGGAAGGCAGUGCUUGCCGAGAAGCCUGCAUCCCCAUCCCCGUGAGCUCAGCCCUGGGUGAGGCUCGGGGUCAAGGUCAAGGUCGAGGCACUUGGGGCCAGUUUUGCCGCCCAGAGGCCCCGGGAGAGGCGCCCCGGGAGAGGCGUGAGGGGCCGGGAGGGCACAUGCCCCUCAUCCUGAGACCAGGCCGUGGGGAGCUGGCCGUCCUCCAGGUCCCUGUGUUGAGACCGCUGGCUAGCUCAGCUGCAGCAGGAGAAGAUAGCCGCCCGCCCCCCCACGGCCCCGAAACGGUGGGUGGGCCCAGCCAUGGGCCAGAGGCUCGGCAUAGCGGCCAUGGCGCCACGAACGCCCCGAGGCUCCUCUGGGGGCUCCCCGGACGAGGUGGGCUUGCUUGGAGCGCGGCCCCUGCGCCAGGGCCCGCAGCCACCAGCAGGAACGCAUUUAAAUUUUCAUCUUUAUUCUCUGCAGGUUAGUCAGUAAAUCAAGGUUCGUUAGAUUCAACGCGAGUGACUUUUAUUGUUAGAGUGUACGUUUUCCCGUGUGCUGCGUGAAGGCGACUCUCCUCAGUUUCCUUGAAAACAAAGCCGAAGCCGCUGUGGUCAGCCCUGCACACCCUCGUGAGUGGUGCAGGGGGUCGUGCCCCCACCCUGCGGGGCCUCGCUUGUCACCCAAACCUCCGGGACCACGCCCAAGGCCCGGGCGCCCCCCCAAGGGCCCUGUGGUCUGCGAGCCGGGGCCUGCACUGAGCCUGUGCCCUCUCUUCCAGCGUGCCCGGCAUGGUGCUCAAGGCCUUCUUUCCCACGUGCUGCAUGUCGGCCGACAGCGGCCUGCUGGUUGGACGGUGGGUCCCGGAGCAGAGCAGCGCUGUGGUCUUGGCCGUGGUGCACUUUCCCUUCAUCCCCGUGCAGGUGAAGGAGCUCCUGGCGCAGGUGCAUCAGGCCAGCCGGGUGGGGCUGGCCGUGCUGGGCACAUGGUGCCACCGCCGCCAGGACGCUGAGGAGGGCCUGGGCCACUUCCUGGAGGGCCUGGGUGCCAUCUUCUCCCACGAGCCCUGGCUCCAGCUCUCCCGGGAGAGGGGCGGCAAGCUCUGGAGCUGCAAGGCCACCUGCCGCCAGGGGCCCCCUGGCCCUGCAGCCCCGGACGAGGACCAGGUCAUGCUCGUCUUCUACAACCAGCGCAAGGUGCUGCUGUCCCAGCUGCACCCGGCCGCGGCCCUGCCUGACCGCCAGGCGGGUGAUGGCACGGCCGGUGCUGAGGGCUUGGCUGUCGUCUUUGACACGGUGGCUCGCAGCGAGGCGCUCUUCCGGAGUGACCGCUUCGACGACAGCCCCGUGCGGCUGAGCCACUGGCAGUCGGAGGGCGUGGAGGCCAGCAUCCUCGCAGAGCUAGCGAAGCGGGCCUCGGGGCCCAUCUGCGCGCUGCUGGCCUGCCUGCUGUCCCUUGUGUCGGCCGCCAGCACCUGCCGGCUGUUCCAACUGUGGCCUCUGUCCUUCAUCUGCAGCAAGCUCUCUGUGUGCGAGCAGCUCAGACACCGGCUAGAGCAGCUCACACUCAUCUUCAGCACCCAGAAGGCCGAGACCCCCGCCCAGUUCAUGAGGAAGGCCAACGUGCUGGUCUCCGUGCUUCUCGAUGUGACCCUUGGCCUCGCGCUGCUGUCCUGGCUUCAUGGGAAGGACUGCAUCGGGCAGCUGGCCAAGGCCCUCGUCCCUGUGGCUGACCAUGUGGCCGAGGAGCUCCAGCAUCUGCUGCAGUGGCUGAUGGGUGCUCCCGCUGGGCUGAAGAUGAACCGGGCGCUGGACCAGGUGCUGGGCCGCUUCUUCUUGUACCACCUGCACCUGUGGAUCAGCUACAUCCACCUCAUGUCCCCCUUCAUCGAGCGCAUCCUGUGGCAUGUGGGCCUCUCAGCCUGCCUGGGCCUCACGGUCGCCCUGUCCAUCCUGUCUGACAUCAUUGCUCUUCUCACCUUCCACAUCUACUGCUUCUACGUCUACGGUGCCAGGCUGUACUGCCUGAAGAUCUGUGGCCUGUCCUCACUGUGGCGUCUGUUCCGGGGAAAGAAGUGGAACGUUCUGCGCCAGCGGGUGGACUCCUGCUCCUAUGACCUGGACCAGCUGUUCAUCGGGACUUUGCUCUUCACCAUCCUGGUCUUCCUACUGCCCACCACCGCCCUGUACUACCUGGUGUUCACCCUGCUCCGGCUCCUGGUGGUCACCGUGCAGGGCCUGAUCCAUCUGCUCAUGGACCUUGUCAACUCCCUGCCGCUGUACUCGCUCGGCCUCCGGCUGUGCCGGCCCUACAGGCUCGCGGCUGGUGUGAAGUUCCAGGUCCUGGAGCACGAGGCCGACGGGCCCCUCCGCCUCUUGAUGCAGAUCAACCCCCUGCCCUACGGCCGCGUGGUGCACACCUACCGCCUACCCAGCUGUGGCUGCCACCCCAGGCACUCCUGGGGCUCUCUGUGCCGCAAGCUGUUCUUCGGAGAGCUCAUCUACCCCUGGAGGCAGAGAGGGGACAAGCAGGACUGAGGGACCCCAGCCUGGCCGGCUUCACCCCACUGCCCAGUCAGCCCCUGCCCUGCUGGCCACCGACCACCGAGCAGGGGCAGGACGGGCUCCUGAGGCUCGCCCCCUCUGCCCCCGCUCAUCGUGGCCUCCGCCUGUCGCCCGGCUCUGGGGUGCAGAGGCGCUGAACGGGAGGCUGGGGCGGCCAGGCCGCCGCCAGCAGGGUGUGCUUGGGGACCUGCUGGGACCUGCUGUGGCUGCCCUGGAGCCCGGCCGCAGAGCACCCCUCCCGUCACACCCAUCACACCUGUCACACCCGUCAUACCUGUCACACCUGUCACACCGGACUGCCCGGGUCAGCGGCGGGGCCUCCCUGUCACGGCUGGGGGACCCUCCUGGGACGCACUCAGCGGCUCUGGAGGCCGACCCCCACGUCUCCUUGUUUGGGAGUUACACUCUGUGUCCCUGUCCCAACCCCGCAGCCCCAGCCGAGCAGGGCCCUCAGCCGGGGUCACACGGGGUUGGCUUCGUGCCGCCACAGAGAUCACUGUCCUGGGCCCUUGGGACCCCGUGGGAUCCCGGCUGCCCGGGCUGCCUGCAACUGGCUGGCUGCCACUGAGCAUCCGCACCCCUGCGGGGACCGGUCCCCCGGCCUGUCUUUGUCCCUCACGGGCUUCCCUGAGGCAGAAGCUGGCAUGGAAUCUGACUGGGGGCAAACCCAGCGUCCUGGGGGGAGUCCCGCCUGCUGCUGGAGGCCCACGUGUCCUGUCACAUUGGAGUCAGAAGCGCCUGCGCGGUGGCCUGCACUCCUUGGCCGCGGUGGGCAGCCCCGGGGCAGCUCACAGCCCUGUCUCGGGGACAGCUCCUCGCUCUGCCUUUUUCUGCUGUGACAAUAAAACCUCCCACCUGUUUGGAGUG